AUGUACGAAGGGAUUGACAACCUGAAAUCCCUUUACGACCGUGCCGGAAAGACUUUCUCCGGCGGUCCUUCUGCGGCACAGGAUGUGCCGCGUCGUACUGCUCGACCAGACCCAGUACGUCAACCAUCAAUUGGGAGCGGGGCUCCCAAGAAUCCCAGGACGGGGGAUAGCCGCGCCACCGGACGAGGUAACUCGUCCGACGUCCGUUCACGUCGCGUUGGUUCAACAGCUGCUCAACUAGAUAGCGCUGGCCACCGCGAGAGUCCUCUAAUGGAGGUGGAGGAGGAGGAAAGACGCUCUCCACACGAUCAUGUGGAUCGGUGUGUUCCCGAGAGCUUCUUUGAUCGCGUAACGCAAGGGUUACGCGACGAUCUCGAGCAUGAGCGGAAUAGGCGUCUCCAAAUGGUGGACACUGCCUCGAAGCAUCGAGCUGAGUUUGCCUUUGCUCAGCUUGAGAACGAGAGAUCUCUGACAUCUCUUCGUGACGAGCUAAGGGUAGCUCGUGGGAUUGUUGAUCGGUCUCGGGCUGAGAUAACUGCUCUUCAGACCCUUGUUGAUGCCCACCAUCAGGAGCACAAGGCUCUCUGCGAGAUGCUUGAGCGCAAGGGCGUUCUUCAUCGGAAGAAGCAGCGUACUGAUGGUACGGCUUAA